CCCGGAAAUCGACUGGAAAGGGCAGUAAUAUUUCGCGCCAAAUUGAAACAACAGCUCAGCCAGCGUGAGCGACGAACUGGGACACUAACCAUCGGACACUGCUUUUAGUUUUUCCACGCAUUUUUCCCCCCCUCAGUCAAGUGUAGCCAACAUGGAGGAGGCCAACAAGCUCAUCGGCACCGGCAAGAAGCACCUGGUGAUGGGGAAGGCGGUGGAGGCGGUGAGCGCCCUGCAGGAGGCCUGCGGCAUGCUAGCUAAAAAGUAUGGAGACACAGCAGACGAGUGUGGAGAAGCUUUCUUCUGGUGUGGUAAAGCGCUGCUGGAUUUGGCACGGAUGGAAAACUCAGUCCUGGGUAAUGCUCUGGAAGGAGUGCCAGAAGAAGAUGAGGAGAAACCCAAAGAAUCAAACGUUGAGAGCACAGAAAACAUUGAUGAGCAGACCAGAGACGAGCUGAGGGUUCAGGUGUAUGACGCCAUGGCAGAGCAGAAAAAUGAAGACGCUGAGAAGGUUGAAGGGAAGCAGAGCGAAGAUACGGAGAAGGACGGUGACGCGGAGAAGGCCGAGGCUGGCGAUGAACAACAGAAAGCGGCAAAGGAAGAGGGAGACGAGGAGAAGAAGAGCGAGGUUAAUGAAAGCAAAUCUGUUGAAAAGGAAGACGGGAAGGAAAACGCGGAGGCUGAGAAGGAAGGCAAGGAAAAGGAAUCAGCGGACAAGCCAGAGGAAGCAGAAGAUGGUGAAGAAGAGGGGGAGGAAGAGGACGUUGAGGAUGCAGAAAUGGAGGGUGAUGCAGAGGAGCAAGGCGAAGGAGAUGGCGCCGCAGAGAAGGACAGUGAUGAUGAGGAGGUGGGGAACCUGCAGCUGGCCUGGGAGAUGCUGGAAGUAGCCAAAGUCAUCUACAAAAGGAAAGAGACUAAGGAUGAUCAGCUGAUGGCAGCUCAGGCCCACCUGAAGUUGGGUGAAGUUUCUGCUGAAUCAGGAAAUUACACACAGGCGUUGGAGGAUUUCCAAGAGUGCCUGAAACUGCAGGUGAAGCACCUGGACUCAGACAGCCGCCUGCUCGCCGAGACUCACUACCAGCUGGGCCUGACCUACAGCCUGAACCUUCAGUACAGCCAGGCCAUCGAGGAGCUGAACAGCUCCAUCUCUGUCAUAAAGAGCAGGCUGGACAAACUGCAGGAGCUGCUAGACAAGGCCGAGGGUCCCGAGGCUCUGCCAGAUGAGAGGAAGGAGAUGGAGGAGCUGAAGGCUCUGCUUCCAGAGAUCCAGGAGAAGGUGGAGGACGCCACGGAGGGGCAGAAAACGGCGAGCACAGCUUCUGAGGCUGUGAAGGGUGUACUGGAUGGAGGCUCCACUUCCUCUGCAUUCCCCGUCUCCGCUGCACUGAACGGUGAUGCUUCCCCCGGUUCGAAAAUUAACGGCACGUCGACCAACGCCGUCGGUUCUACCAACGGACACGCCUCCACAGCUCCAGUCUCUGACAUCUCCCACCUGGUCAGAAAGAAGAGGAAACCAGAGGAGAGUCCAGUGAAGGAGGGCAUGGUUAAGAAGGUGAAGCAGGACGACGGUCACACUAACGGGGAGCGGCAGCCUCAUAAUGACGGUGUUCACAAAGCCGGCGGAGAACCUGGCGAAAACACCAGCAGUAUGGAAGUCGAGAGUCAGUGAAGCUGGAUUCUCCAGAUUUUUGCCUCCACCCAAGAAGAGAUUCACUAUCAUGCCAAAAUCUUACUGUUGCUACACUUGUUUGCUGUUGUAAAUAUGUGCAUCUUUUUCUACGCCACUUGUUGUUUUGUUAGUGUUUGUUUGCAUAUGUAGCCUGUGAAGUUGAAUAAAGAGUAUCAUUUGAUAAAA